AUGCAUGCAUCGGUGAUAUGUAGGUUUGAGUGUGGCCUUCAGCUGUUUCUAGAUAUGCAAUUUCUAUUUACCGAACUUCAUGCUGCAUCAUCUGUAACACUGUUUGGUGACCGAGAUCCAGAGGACAGUGAAGAAGGAGACAUCUUUAUUGCGGUAGAUACCACCGAUAGCCAGCCAUCACAUGAUCUUUCAACAGCCUACGAGGAUAACUCAGAUCUUUUGAACAUUGAUGACGACAUAGACCAACUCUUUAUCAGUGUUGGUAAGAAGAAGUCAGCAGUAGCUAGUAAACCAGCAGUAGCUAACAAACCAGUGGUAGCAAGCAAACCUGUUGUAGCAAGUAAACCUGUGGUUACAGGCAAGCCCGUGAUAGCAAGCAAGCCUGUGGUAGCAAAAAAACCAGCUGUAGCAAGCAAACCAACAACGGCUGCUAAACCAGUGGCACCAAAGCCAAGUAGCACAUCAACUGUGGCAGAGAAACGACAUGCCUCAACAAAACCCGGUUUACCUGCUAUAGAGCAGACAACACAACCAGAAGAGAAGCAAAGACAAGCAAGUAAACCAACAUCAUCUCAAACAGCAAAUCAAGCUGAAAAUGCAGCAACACAAAAGGCACACCCAGUAUCAAAAUAUGAUGAUUUAUUUGCAGAGCCUAUGUCUACAGAGGCAAACUUCGAUCAAGAUGAUAUCAUGGCAUACAUUAUGAACAAUAGUGGGAAAGAAGAGGCGUCUUUGGACCUCUUCUAAUUCAUCAGCAGCAACUUGAAUAUUAUUAAUCGUAUCAAGCAAAGCUCAUCAAUGAAAAGUUCCUACUAUUUUCAGUCUCUGGCGGGAUUCGAACCUACAACCUCUCACUAUCAAUGCGAGUAUCAUAUCCAUUAGACCACAGAGACCUAUGGAUAUUGGCGAAGAUCUAA